AUGGAUCCCUCCUUUGUUCAAGGGCUUCACGAGCUCUUGAAGCAGAGCAAUGUUCCCGACACCAACACUGUCAAGGCCGCCACCGAGCAGCUCCAGAACAACUACUACAAGAACCCACAAUGCAUCCCCGCUCUCUUCGAGAUCCUGGCUACCUCGCCCGACCUGGCUGUCCGUCAGCUCGCCGCGGUUGAGCUCAGAAAACGUCUUGCAAAGAGCGGAGGCAAGGUGUGGACCAAGCAGCCCGUAAACGUUCGGGACGGAGUUAAGGCCAAGCUGCUCGAGGUCGUCACCAAUGAGCAGGUCGCUGCCGUCCGAAACGCCAUCGCUCGUGUCAUCUCCGAGAUUGCCAAGCGCGAGCUCCCCGCCGGCUCCUGGCCCGCACUCCUUCCCUUCCUCUUCCAAGCUGCUGACUCGGCCAACGCUACCCACCGACAGGUCUCGCUCUUUGUCUUCUACACUGUCCUUGAGACCUUCGUGGAUGGCGGCGAGGCCCUUGACAAGCACCUCCCUCAGAUUAUGCAGCUUUUUGCCAAGAGCUUGCAGGACCCAGAGUCGCUCGAAGUGCGUGUCACCACCGUUCGUGCCCUCGGAAAGGUUGCUCAGAACCUCGAGAGCGAUGCUUCCGCCGAUCUCGCUGCCAUGCAGUCUGCCGUUCCCCAGAUGGUCGGUGUCCUAAACCAGUGUCUUGAGCAGAGCAACCAGGACGGUGUUCGACAGAUCCUCGACGUUCUCGAGGAGAUCUGCAUGCUUGAGGUACCCAUCAUCUCGAACCACAUUGCCGAGCUCAUCGACUUCUUCCUGGCCAAUGGUGCCAACCAGGAGCACGAGGAGGAUCUCCGUCUCAUGUGCCUCAACUCGCUCAUCUGGAUCUGCUCUUACAAGCGCUCCAAGGUGCAGAGCCUUGGUCUCGCAAAGCACAUGAUCGCCCGCCUGAUGCCCAUCGCCGUCGAAGAGGACUCAGAAGACGUUGACGAGGACUCGCCCUCACGCCUCGCUCUGCGUGUCAUUGACGGCCUCGCCACCGAACUGCCCCCCAGUCAUGUCUUCCCUCCCUUGCUCGAGCAGAUGCAGGCUUACAUGAGCCACCAGGACCCUCACCACCGUAAGGCUGCCAUGAUGGCUUUCGGCGUCUCGGUCGAGGGCUGCUCCGAGUACAUUCGCCCGCACAUGAACGAACUCUGGCCGUUUGUCGAGGCUGGUCUCAAGGACCCUGAACCCGUUGUGCGCAAAGCUGCCUGCGUUGCUCUCGGUUGCCUCUGCGAGAUGCUCGAGGAAGAGUGCGCUGCCAAGCACGCUACUUUACUGCCCGUCAUCAUGGAGCUGGUCAACGACGCUGCCACUCAGCGAUCCGCGUGCACCGCCCUCGACUCGCUUCUCGAGGUUAUGGGCUCCGACAUCUCGCAGUACUUGCCCGCCAUCAUGGAGCGUCUCGCUGGCCUCCUCGAGACUGCGCCCAUCCCCGUCAAGGCCACCGUCACUGGCGCUAUCGGCAGUGCCGCCCACGCAUCCAAGGCGGGCUUCCUGCCGUACUUUGACCAGACCAUGCAGCGCAUCAAGCCCUUCCUCACCCUCACCGAGGAGGGCGACGCCAUGGAUCUACGCGGCAUCACCACCGACACGGUCGGCACCUUUGCCGAGGCUGUGGGCAAGGAAGCUUUCCGCCCCUACUUCCAGGACUUGAUGAAACUCGCCUUCGAGGGCUUGGACCUGAACAACCCACGCCUGCGUGAGUGCAGCUUUAUCUUCUUUGCUGUCAUGUCGCGUGUGUUUGGCGAGGAAUUCACGCCAUUCCUUCAGCACGUCGUUCCUCGCCUUAUUCAGUCAUGCCAGCAAUCCGAGCACGACCCUGUUCCGGGCGCUUCGGGCGACGGCACCAUCAACGGCAUUGGCAUCCCGGGCAUGAGCGCCGGCGGCGACGAUGACGACGAUGACGACGGAUUUGUGGACAUUGACGAGCUUAACGACGCCUUCCUCAACGUCAACUCGGCCAUUGCCAUCGAAAAGGAAGUGGCGGCUGACUCGCUUGGCGAAAUCUUUGCGCACACCAAAUCCGGCUUCCUUCCCUACAUUCAGGAGUCGGUCGAGCAGCUCGUGAUCCUGCUGGAGCACUUCUACCAGGGCAUCCGAAAGAGCGCUGUUUCGGCUCUGUUCACCUACAUCAACACGCUCAACGAGCUGAGCCAGCCGCAGCCAUGGCAGUCUGGUGUGCAGGUCAAGGUGCCUCUGAACGCCGACGUGCAGAAGCUUGUCAACGCUGUCAUCCCUGCCGUCAUGGAGAUGUGGGAGAGCGAAGACGACCGAACCGCCGCUAUCGAAGUCUGCCAGUCGUUGGCUGAGUGCCUCAACAAGAAUGGCCCUGCCAUCAUUGCGCCUGACCACCUGGACACAGUGUGCACGUAUACGAUCAUGAUCCUCGAGAAGAAGAGUCCACCUCAGCUCGACUCGGAGAUUCCGGAAGAGGAGAACGAGGAGGCAUCCGAGUACGAGUCGGUCUUGGUCUCGGCAGCUUCCGAUCUGGUGGGCGCCAUGGCCAAUGUGCUUGGUGCCGACUUUACCGAUCCGUUGAAGCAGUUUAUGCCGCAGAUCAUGAAGUACUACACUCCCGGACGAUCUGUAAGCGACCGUUCUACGGCGAUUGGUUCGUUGGGCGAAAUCAUCACGGGAAUGAAGGGCGCCAUCACUCCGUUUACGCAAGACAUUCUGUCGUUGCUGUCACGUGCGCUCUCGGACGAGGAUGCAUCGGUGCGAUCGAACGCCGUGUUUGCUUCGGGAGUGUUGAUCGAGAACACGCAGGCAGACCUGAGCGCACACUUCCCUGCGCUGCUUAACGCCAUCCGAGACGAGGUGGUGACGGCGCGUGACAACGCGUGUGGGUGCCUUUCAAGAAUGAUUAUCAAGAACGCUGAAGCUGUGCCGCUGGAUCAGGCUUUGCCUAUCCUAUUUUCUUCGUUGCCGCUACAGAAGGACAUGGCUGAGUGGUCGCCGGUGCUGCACUGUAUGAUGAACCUGAUCCAGGCGAACAACGCAGUGGCAUCGCAGAACAUCGAAACGAUCCUGCAGCUGUUUGCACACGUGCUUGCCGGCGAUGAGGACAACCUGGGCGCACUGCUGCGUGGGCAGGUAUGCGGCUUUGUGAGCCAGCUCAACACGCAGAUCCCAGACAAGGUGCAGGCUGCAGGUUUGCAGCAGUACCUCGUAUAA